AAAUCGGAACGAGCAAUAAAAAUUUUGUUCAAGCUCUGGUUAGCUGCUUCUAACUUCCUUCGCUCAGGAACUAAUUUUUUGAUAGAUCUGAUCUUCUUCGCGAAAUUUGAAGAAAUAUAACAAAAAUGGCAGCAGGAGGACCCGACCCGUUGUUUGGAUUGAGAAACAGUUUUUACCUGGGUGCAUAUCAGGCAGCCAUCAAUAACAGCGACAUCCCGAGUCUCUCCACAGACGACGCCGUUGAAAGGGACUCAAUCGUUUACAGAUCUUACAUUGCCCUCGGCAGUUAUCAGCUUGUGAUAAAUGAGAUCGAUUCAUCUGCAGCAACGCCACUUCAAGCUGUAAAAUUGCUUGCUUUAUACCUCUCGAACCCCAACAACAAGGAAAUGACAAUCUCCAGUCUCCAGGAGUGGUUAGGAGAUCCAGCCAUCGGAAACAACCCUAUCUUACGUCUUGUUGCUGGGAUUAUAUUCAUGCAUGAACAGGAUUAUAAUGAAGCUUUGAAACAUACAAAUGCAGGGGGAACCAUGGAUCUGCAUGCUUUGAAUGUUCAAAUUUUUCUGAAGAUGCACAGAUCGGAUUAUGCAGAGAAACAAUUGAGAAUCAUGCAACAGAUAGAUGAAGACCACACACUUACUCAACUUGCAAAUGCGUGGCUAAAUUUGGCUGUGGGUGGUUCGAAGAUACAGGAAGCGUAUCUUAUUUUUCAGGACUUCUCAGAGAAAUAUCAAAUGACUAGCUUGAUCCUGAAUGGGAAGGCUGUUUGCUGUAUGCACAUGGGGACUUUUGAUGAAGCAGAGUCACUAUUGCUUGAAGCUCUAAACAAGGACGCAAAGGAUCCAGAAACUCUUGCCAAUUUGGUUGUGUGCAGUCUUCAUCUGGGAAAGCCAUCCUCACGCUACCUCAGCCAAUUGACAUUAUCUCACCCGGAUCACAUACUUGUCAAACGUGCAAAAAGUGCAGAAGAGAGUUUUGACAGAGCAGUACAGACGAAUGCUUGAAGAAUGGAAUCUUUGCAAGACAUGGCGAGAAUACUUUGCUUUAUCUUUUGUAAACAUUUGGCAUUGUCAAAAAGUGUUUUUAUGAAUGUUCAAUUUGUUUAGUUGUCACUUUUGCCCAUACUGUCUGGAUAUUUUGAUGCUAGAUUUUGUUUAAAUUCAAUUCACAGGGCUUCAGUUUUUGACUACAUUGAAUAUAAAAUGUAAAAUGCCAUGAUUGCUGAAUGUAUUGCGUCAUUAAUGCUGAGUCCUUGAACAAAGUAUUAUUGUGUUCGGUU